AUGUCCACGCCAACUCCCAGAGGAGCAUUCAUUGUGUUUGAAGGCCUUGAUAGAUGUGGCAAGUCUACGCAAGUCGAACGGCUGGUAGGGCAGCUGGAGAAGCAGGGGCGCAAGGCGAGAUUACAAAAGUUCCCCGAUAGGACGACCCAGAUAGGCAAGAUGAUUGAUGCUUAUCUGCAAUCAAAAGCAGAGAUGGACGACCAUGCGAUCCAUCUGCUCUUCUCUGCUAACCGCUGGGAAUGCGCAGAGGGUAUCAAGAGAGACCUCGCUGCUGGGAUCACUGUCAUUGCUGAUCGAUACGCGUUCUCUGGGAUCGCCUUUUCGGCCGCCAAGGGCCUCCCGUUCGACUUUUGUCUUCAUCCCGACACCGCCUUGCCCCUCCCCGACCUCACACUCUACUUGACACUCCCACCAGCGUCCGCAGCCCAACGCUCCGCCUUCGGGACGGAGCGCUACGAGACGGUGGAGAUCCAGCAGGCCGUGCGCGAGCAAUUCAAGCUGGUGCAAGAGCAGGUGGUGCAGCGGCACGGGGAGGAGCGGUGGGUAGAGGUGAAUGCAGAGGGGACGAUAGAGGAGGUGGGGGAGAAAAUAGGGGUGCUUGUAGCGGGGGUGGCCGCUGGGCGGGAGGGAGAUGUGGGGCAGCUGUGGGUGUAG